CCAUGUAGCACCACUCGCGCCAAUCCUCUCGCACGAAAGGAAACCAGGGUCGGCGCCGGCGAUCUGGCAUUCACGUGACUCUCGAUUUGCUGCUGUGUAAGGGAGCUUUGCGCCCAUGCAGAGAGGGUUACUGCCUCUUGCACUCAUCAGACUCAAGAGCCAAGAUUGGGGAUGAAUGAGCAAGUAGGGGUCUGAUCGAUUCACGACUUUGACUGUGAUCGUCCGCAUUAGACUACUCUCGUUGAUCCUCACUCUGGUAUUCAUACCCUUGUAUAUUGUGGCGGCUUCUUCAGACUUCAUUGGCGUCUCGAAAAGACGCGCAAUCGUCGGACGGAAGAGAAAGAUCGGGAAUCGAAUUCAUCACUCGGUUUUUGCCACAUCCUUGACGCCUUUCCAAGGAUCGCUCUCGCACACUACGAGUGAAGAUGGGGAAGAAGAAAGGUGGCAAGAAGGGCGGAGGAGGAGGGGACGACGACUUCUUUGCAGAUGGUCCUCCAGCUGACAUCUCGGGCGACGAAGCACCAGCUCCUCAGCGCAAAAAUGCUUUCGCAGCGAUGACGAUCGACGAUGGUCCCGAAGAGGUGGAAGAGGAAGAGCCCAAAUCCUCUGCGAAUGGAAACGCAAACAUAGGCGGAGAUGAUGAGGACGACUACGGAGGAGGCUUGAUGGCUCAGGUGAAAAAGAGCGCUGCUAACGCUAAGAAAGGAGGCGGCAAAAAGGACAAGAAGAGCAAAAAAAAGCAGCAGGACGACGACGACAUAUGGGACCAGUUGGGUGAAGAUGUGUCGGGUAACGCGGUGAAGGAUAACAAGGGUGAUGCCGAUGCUAUGGACAUCGACAAGGCCCCCGAAGCUGGGGAUGCUGCAGACGAAUUUCCAGACACCACUAAGUCAAAGAAGGGCAAGAAGGGCGGUAUCGCCGCUAAGGAGGAUGACGAAGGCAAAGACUCCGGCACUGCAACACCUGCUGGCGCAGAAGAGGAGCAGCCCGGCAGGAUACUGUCCAAGAAAGAGAAAGAGAAGCUCAAAAAGGAGAGAGAAAAGGCAAAGAAGAAGGCAGAGGCUGCUGCGAAACAGUCGAAUCAGCCCGAGUCAAAGGUGGACGAUGAUGAAGCUGCUGUAGACGCUGCAGAGGAACCCGAAGCGGCUUCAUCAGCUUCGAAGAACAAGAAAAAGAAGAAGGGUGGCGAUAAAGGCGCAGUGACCGAGCAAGUGCCUGCUGCAACGCCCACGACUCAAACGGCUGCGCAAGGCAAGAAGAAGCCCUCCGCGGCGCUGGCAGCUCUUCAGGCCCGUGUAGCCGCACAGAAGAAGGCAGAGGAAGAAGCUAGAGCGGCGGAAGAAGCUGCGAGGAAAGCUGAGGAAGAAGCCGAAAGGCUGGAGAAGGAGGAAGCUGAACGCAAAGAGGCUGAGCGUCUGGCCAAGAAGGAGCGCGAGAGAUUGAAGAAGGAGCAGCUCAAGAAAGAAGGCAAAUUCUUGACCCCGAAGCAAAAGGCCGAAAAGGCGGCGGCAGAGGCUCGCAUGCAGGCCAUGAUCAAAAGUGGGCAGAUCAAAGUGGACGGAUUGGAAGAUCGCGAAAAGGAUGAUGCUGCGAGCGCAGAAACCUCGCAACAGCAGAGAAAGUCGAAAGCAGUCGACAGCAGGAAAAAGAAGAAGGGACCUUCCGGACCACCAAAUAAGCUCGCUCCUACGCAGAAUGCCCAGCCCAGCCCUGCCGAGCAAGAACAGCAGGCCACACGUGGCCCCGAACCCGAGCCUGAGCCCGUCAAGGCUGCGGAGCCCGAGCCUCCUGCCACCGAGGCCGCAACUUCACCUGCAGAAGACGUCAAGGAUGACUGGGACGCAAACAGCGAUGUUAAGGAUGAUUGGGACGCCGAGAGCGAAGAUGAACAAGAGAAGGAGGCAGAGGCGAAGGCGGAGCUCAGCAAGGCAGGCGAAAAGGGUAAGGGAGUUGCAAAGCCAUCACCUGCUAUCAAAGCCAAUGGCUCUGCCAAAGGUGGGCCUGCUGUUGCGGAGCGCAGCGCUGCUGAGGGAGCUCGCGCUGCUGCGCAAGCCGCUCGGGAAGCUGCAUCCAAAACCGCAGCGUCUGCACUUGCAGCCAAGAAGGCUGCUGAUCGCGAGAACAAGGGCAAAGAUGAUGCUGGCAUUGCCGAGAGCUCCGGUGAAGACGACUCGGAUGAGGAUGACGACUCUGACGACUCGGACGACGACUCGGACGACUCCAGUGACGACGGGUUGACAGCUGUGCAGAGACAAGCUGCGCAAAAGAAAGCGGAACAGGAGCAGCGCAGAGAUGCGAGAAAAGCUCAGGCCCUGGCAGAACAGAGCAGGGACAACCUCAGAAGCCCUAUCUGCUGCAUUCUUGGUCAUGUAGACACAGGCAAGACGAAGUUGCUAGACAAGAUCAGACAAACAAACGUCCAGGGCGGAGAAGCGGGCGGUAUUACUCAGCAAAUUGGUGCCACUUACUUCCCCGUGGACGUGCUCAAAGAGAAGAUCAGACCAAUUGAUCCCGAUGACACACAGGUCUUCAAGACACCCGGGUUACUUGUCAUCGACACGCCGGGCCACGAGUCUUUUACCAAUCUGCGAACCCGAGGUAGCUCCCUUUGCAACAUUGCUGUGCUCGUCGUGGAUAUCAUGCACGGUCUUGAGCAGCAGACAUUGGAGUCUAUGCGAUUGCUGAAGGACAAGAGGACACCUUUCAUCGUCGCGCUAAACAAGGUGGACCGUCUGUACGGUUGGAACGCUACGCCCAACAACGGAUUCCAAGACAGUCUGUCGAAGCAGAACAAAGCUACGCAGAACGAGUUUGACACCAGGUUGAAAGCGACCAUGGUCGCGUUCGCCGAGCAAGGAUUCAACGCUGUGCCUUACUACGAGAACAAGAAUUUCUCAAAGAAUGUCAGCUUGGUCCCCACGUCUGCACACACUGGAGAGGGUAUUCCCGACAUGCUUCGCCUCCUUGUCCAGCUCACGCAAGAACGCAUGGCUGCUUCGCUCAUGUAUCUCUCCGAGCUCGCCUGCACGGUCCUUGAAGUCAAGAUCAUCGAGGGACUCGGCACCACCAUCGACGUCAUUCUGUCCAACGGUGUACUGAGGGAAGGAGACAAGAUCGUUCUUUGCGGUCUUGGUGGUCCGAUUGUCACCUAUGUUCGUGCCCUCUUGACACCUGAGCCUCUCAAGGAGAUGAGAGUCAAAGGUGCGUAUGUGCACCACAAGGAAGUCAAGGCCGCGCUAGGUGUCAAGAUUUCAGGUCCAGGUCUCGAAAAGGCCAUCAGUGGUUCUAGGCUGCUGGUCUGUGGGGAGGAUGAUGACGAGGAAGAGCUCAAGGACGACGUCAUGGCGGACCUGCAAGACCUGCAAAAAUGGAUCAGCACAUCUGGAAAAGGUGUUUGCGUACAGGCUUCCACUCUGGGAUCUCUGGAAGCCCUUUUAGAAUUUUUAAAGACGCAGAACAUCCCUGUCAGCGGUAUCGAAAUCGGACCGGUCUUCAAGGGCAGCGUCCGACGAGCUUCGAUCAUGCUGGACAAGGGUCACACCGAGUACGCAGCGCUGCUGUGCUUCGACGUGGAAGUUCACAAAGAGGCCGAAGCGCUCGCAGCUGAGAUUGGCGUGCGAGUAUUCUCCCGAAUGACCAUCUACAACCUCGUCGAUGACUACAAAGUCUUUGCGGACCAAGUCGUGGCGGAUCGUCAAAAAGCUGCUGCUGGCACGGCCGUCUGGCCUUGCAGACUCAAAAUCUUGGCCGCUUUCGCAAAGAGGGAACCAAUCAUUCUGGGCUGCGAAAUAUUGGACGGCGAUCUGAGAGUUGGGACGCCGCUUUGCGUCGUCAAGACGCACGCGGACACGAAGAAGAAGGAAGUUGUCACGUUGGGAAGAGUGACUUCGCUCGAGAUCAACAAGAAGCCCAAGGAUCAUGUGACGAGAAAGGAACAAGGUGCUGGUGUGGCAGUCCGCAUCGAGGCGGGCCUCAACGAUCAGAGCAAAAUCUUCGGAAGGCACUUUGACGAAAAGGACGAGGUGUAUUCCCUCAUCUCUCGGAAUUCCAUCGACGCUCUCAAGGACCACUUUUGGGAGCAGGUGUCCACUGACCAAAAGAAGCUCAUCAAGAAUCUCAAGGCGCUUUUGGGCAUUCCCUGACUUUGACUCUCUUGGUAGUAUGUGCGUCGAUUUCUGGGCUCGUAAUGCAUAUCAUCGAGUCGUCGGA